CUUUUCGAUGUGUCAAUUGGAUUUUAAUGAUGAAUUGAAUUCGCUUCUGUUAAUCAUGAUUAUAUUUCUAUGUGAACCUUUUUGAUUAAUCAAAUUUUACCUUUUGAUUAAUUGUAUCAUUGUUUUAAGAAACUACAACCAGUUAAUUAUCUGUUUUUCUAUUUAAUUGUGUUAUCAUUUAUCACCAUUUAAAGGAAACAUUGUUAUACGUUUACAGGACAUUCCAUAAACAUCAAAGUGGCAAGAGUUGCUUGGUAACAGCACUUUUUUUGAACACAUUUGGAGAGAAAGGAUUUUAAUUGUUAAAAUAUUUUAUGUUCUUUUGUUUAUUAUUGUAAACAAUUUGCAUUUUCCUCUCCUUCUAUUAUUUUAUCACCUUUGAAAAUUAAUGGAAAACAGACGAAAUCUCAACAAGUUACAAGUUCCAAUUUAAAGUGUAUCUUUUUUUCCUUCUCUUGAGAACAUUUUCAUCUUCUCUCAUUUUUUUAAUCUUUUUUUUCUGACCAAGUUAUGGAAUGUAGUUGUCACUGUGAUUCUUGUGUUUAUGAAUGCAAUGGAUCUAAAAAUGGAGAUUCUGUCGUUGUCCAUCUUUAUCAAGAGAUCGAAAAUCUUAAACGUCAAGUUGCCGAAAGAGAUUAUCACAUUGUUCAAAUGGAAACCUCAGUAAUGAAUCAUGCCAAAGAAUAUCCCAAUGGGGAAUUUCAAGCACUUCAAGAGACUUUACGCUUUUGGCAGGAAAAAUAUGAUCGACUUUCCGAAAGCCAUAGGAAAUUACAGAAAGUGAAUCAAGGGUUAGAGGAUAAAUUACUUCGAAUUGUUGAUAAAUUUGAAUCAGAGAAGACCACAUUGACUCAAGAUAUUUCCGAUUUAACCAAUAAACUGGUCGAAGCAAGAGUGACCAUUAACGAGAUCGAAGAUGAAAAUGAACAUUACAAAAAUGAUUGUACUCUUGCCGUUAAUUUACUCCAAUGUAAACCCUCCAAUUUUGUCUCUUAUAAGGUUAAUUCGUUACCUGCCGAUUUACAAGACAAAAUUCGUUCCAAUUAUGCAAAUUCUCAUCUUGGUAAACGCCGUAGUUUAAGUAUAGGAAGUGGUCUUUCCAAUAAUUUAGUAAAUAAAGCCAAUCGAGAAAGUGAAACCACCAAAAGUGGAAAUGGUAAAACAAUUCGAGUUCCAAUUUCAACAUUUCCACCAACAGCCAUGGUUUAUUCUGUAAACAAAGUGAAUGAUGAAUUAAAAGAAAUGCAAGGAGGAUCAUCAGAGAAACAAAAUGGAGGCCCUGAUUACGUUUCUGCCGCAAUCAUGGCCAAAAUUCUAGAAGAAAGAUCCAAAGAGAGACUACUCAAAAGUGGUGCUCGCUUUCAGAAAUGUAGUCAAUGUCGCCAACGAUGUAUAAUAUCACCUUAUUACGAUGCCUCGACCCAAACUUCCAAUGGUAUGGUUACACCGGACGAUUGUUUGGCCUAUCCUUUUGAUUCCGAUUAUGGUGACAGUCUAUCUAAUGGAAGUUGUUACAAUACUGGGACCAAUUUAAUUGGAAACAAUUCAAGCCUUAGUGGUCAUUCUGAAUCUUUCUCAUCCAUAUCGUCUUCUUCCCUUCAAAAUGGCUCUUCCCCGAUAAGUUUACAAGAACAAUCAAACGCCAAUAGCAAUAAUCAUUACUCGUCAUCGAGUAGCGCCUUCACUUUCAACACUAGUUUAUCCAAUAAUGGUAACAUAGUCUCAUCGACCAAAGUAAAAUCAUCAUCUAAAAGUUAUCUCAAUGAAACCAUGAUAAUUUGAGAGUAACUUUAAAUCAUCCAUCGAAAUACAAUAUUCCUAAAGAUCACUAACUGUCUGUUGUUACUCAAAUCAUCAUCAUCAUCAUCAUCAUCACCGUAAAAAUCAAUCUAUUCACAAUCAUCACAAAUUAUUUAUAAAAUGAAACGAGGAAAAGGAAAGAAAAACAAACUUUGACAUAAUUCAUUUUCGUUUCUACGAUGAUUUAUCUUUCAUCUUGAAAAAAAAACGGAAAAGGAAAAGACAUUCAUCAAAAUCAUCAAAGAGAAAAUUGAAACCAAAUUCAUCGUCCUCAUGGUCAACUUGGUCAUCUUCAUCUUCAUCUUCAUCUCGAAAGAGCAAAAGCAAAAAGAUCCAAACAAAUCUUUUAUAUGUUAUAUUUGUAUAGCAAAAUCAAGGAAAUCCAAUUGAUUACAAAUCACAAUCAAUUGUAUUGAACAUUGAAAGAAAUUAAUUUCCAAAUGAAAAUAAUAUAUAAUUACAAAAGUUAUAAUGAAGAAAAAUCCAAUUCUAAUAUAUUGUCGGUCUAAACUGUGAUUAGUAUGAAAAAUCAAAUCUAAAUUGGCUAAAACAAAAGUUAAUUACCUAAUAAAAAAAAGUAAUGUACUAAUUUGAAUCUAAA